CCAGUCCCCAUCAAAGAGUGGCUUCUCUAACCGUGGGGCCUGUCUCUGUACCUUCUCAUGACAGCCCUAUAAAAGCAGGCUCCCUCCUCACUGUCCACACAUCGAGCUCCUGCUCACCACUCCUCCAGGUGACUCCAGCCAUGAAGACGCUUGUCCUCCUCUCUGCCCUUGCCCUGCUGGCCUUCCAGGCCCAGGCUGAUCCUCUCCCGGAAGCAAAUGAGGAGACGAGCAUUGAAGAACAGACAGGGGAAGAGGACCAGGACGUGUCCAUCUCCUUUGGAGACCCGAAAGGGCUUGCUCUUCAAGAUGCAGGUGAAAAAGUCCUCACAUGCUAUUGUAGACCAAAAUCCUGCAUAGGACUGGAACGCAUCACUGGGAUCUGCAGCAAGGGGAACAGAAACUACAUAUUCUGCUGCCGCUAA